CAGUGAAUGAGAGAUCUUUGCUUCCUCUCAGCACAAGCUCCUUCUCCCACUGUCCUCCUCUCUCUGGUUGGAUUAUUGCUGAGGAAGGACCUCGUCUGGAUACUCCUCCUCCUCUCCCUGUCUUCCCUCUCUCCUCUACUUUCCUCCCCUUUUCCUACCUCUCAUUGAGGGACUGCGGCUCUUCUUCUUCCCAGAACUCACCUCCUGUUCUCCUCUCAUCCCCUCUCCCCUGCUUCCCCCUCAGGAUGUCGUGUGAGGAGGCUCAGCUCCACAAAGAGAGGCUGCAAGCCUUGGCGGAGAAGCGGAAGCGGCAAACUGAAAUUGAUGACAAAAGAACCCAGCUUGAUGACCUUCUGCUGCAGCUACAACAUGUCAAGUCCAAAGCCAUGCGUGAGAGGUGGCUCCUCCAGGGAAUGGGAGUCGAAGAAGAGGAGGCACGGCGGAAACAGCUGGAACAGGAUGAAGAACAAGGGAAGAGGCUGGAAGACAUGAUACACAGGCUCGAGUCUGAAAUCGGUGCCCUCGAAAGUGAAGAGUCUCAGAUCUCGGCCAAAGAGCAAGUUCUUCGAGAACGCCUGAAAGAGACAGAACGCUCAAUAGAAGACCUGCAGAAGAGUCUGAUGUCCCAGGACGAAGAUGCUACUGGCUGCAUGUCUGCCCCUCUCUCGGACUGCAUGGACCCCGAUCCUAACCACCUCAUCCUGGCCACGCAGCCCCAGACUGGCCCACCUGCCUCGGGCGAGAACACCAGAUCAAGACCUGCCAUGUUUGCCAUGGAGAUCAACGUGCAGCACGACCCGCAGACUGGUGAGCAGCGCAUCCUCUCGGCCAACCGCGUGAGCCCGCUGGAUGCAGCAUCGCGUGGGGUCAAAGUCUACGACGAUGGCAGAAAAGUGGUCUACGAGGUCACUUCCUCUGGGGGCGUGUCCACCACCACUGUAGAGAAUGGCUGGAGUUCUGAACAGGUUGACCAGCUGAUCCAGAGAGCUGCCAGACCAGUAGUACAUGGUGGAGAUGGCGGAAGGGGUCAGGUGACAGUGACCCCAGCUGCCCCACAGGCCUAUGUUUCUCCAGCAGAUGUUGACGAUCUGUCCCCACCCUCCUGCGCCCCACCAUCCAUCCCUUCUAGCCCACCAGCCCAGGUCACCCUCCAGAGGGAAACCCGUCUGGGUAUGAUGCCCCCCUCCUCUGCCGCUGUCACGACCCAACCAACCUCCUCAGGCCACCCAGACACCGAGCUCACUUCCCCGCCACAAGCCAGCGUGGAGCACCCAGUCACCAUGGUGUUUCUCGGGUACCAGGACGUUGAAGACGUGAGCGAGAGCAGGCGACUGCUGGGCUUCGACGGCGCCGUGAAGGCCGAGGUUGUUCUCAUUGAUGAAGACGAUGAGAAAUCGCUGAGAGAGAAGACAGUCACUGACCUCUCUGUCAUCGACGGCACAGCAGCUGACCUCGUGUCGGGGCGGCCAGUCACAUCUGAAGCUGCCAGCACUGAACUGUCUUCUGACGGCCGUGACCCUGACAGCGCCUCCUCGCCCCCUGCAAAUCCAGAAGCCAACACGGUCCCCCCACCAGGCCUCACCCCUGCUACAGUCUACAGCCAAACAUCUGGAGUUGCUGUGACAACAGCAAAUGGAUGUCAGUCUCCAACUGCAACCACAAAUCUUCACACUGCUAUGAAAUCAUGGCAGGCAGCCGAGGAUGUCAGUGACUCAAUCCCAAGAGAGCGAACCCUGAAAACCGUCAGUUUCCAGGAAUCAGUCAGCGUUAUCACUGACAGGCCUGCAGCCAUGGAACUGGAGAGCCAGCAGAUCCAGCAUGAGUGCCUCAGCAGCCCCAGUAACCGAGCCCACAGUCCAGCUGGUGUGACAGUAGAGAGUCCUGACAGUGAGGUGGUGCAGGAGAUCUGCUAUCUGGACCAGGUGUUAGAUGCAGCCUCAGAAACACCCACCAAUGGGACCCCCUCUCUAUCAGGUCACAUCAAACCGAUCAGCAUAGAUGGAACUUCUCCCUAUGUGUGCGUGUCACCCUCCUCCCCUGUCAAUCACCACCCGAUCAUUGUAGAGGGACAAAAACAAACCACGUUCCUCCACCAGGACGAGUCUGCUGUUAGAACCAACGGGCACGUGCAGGGAGACGAAUCUGGGAGAAGCAGGGCCAAGUUUGAGCUUCGAGCAUUUCAGGAGGAGAAACGCCCGGCAAAACUGUUCACCCCUGGAGAGGAGCAGCAGGUCAGGGUGACAAGGAGACGUCCCUCAGAGGAGGUUCAGGAAUUGGAGCGUGAGCGUCAGGAGCUGAUCAGAGACCAGGCAGUGAAGAAAAACCCUUCGAUUGCCCAGCGCUGGUGGAAUCCUCCUCAGGAGAUCCCUCUGGAAGAACAGCUAGAGGCAGAUAAGCUUGAGUCUCUCAGGAAGUACCAGGAGAGGAAACAGCAGAGACAGAGUCAUACUUAUACAUACACACAGCCUCAGGUGUCGGGUCCUCCCACUGUCGUAACCUUUGACCCAGAGCUAGCCAGGAAGGAGGACAUUGUGGAGGAGCAAAUCAACUUCUCCUCUGCGAGGAAGCAGUUUCUGCAAGGAGAGGCUACCAAGAAGGACAUAGCUCCUCAAAUAUACUCCGCCAGACCCUUUUCAAAAUCCACAGCCAGGGGCAGCCAAGGGAGCAGUGACACUGUUGCAGAAACAGGGGAGACGCACGUGACCUGGUCUGAUGAAGGAACUGCAGGAGAAUUUACAUGCGCACGAGCUGUAAUGACAAUCCUACGUGAGGAAGAGGAAGCAAAAGGUCAUUUCCAUCCAGCUUUUCAUCCAGAAGAAUCUGACUCAGGAUUGGACGAGUUAUCGGUCCGCUCUCAGGACACUACUAUGUUUAGCUUGGAUAAUGUUUCUGACAGUGGGGCUUCGCUGCCCCCAACACCAUUGCCACUUACCCCUGUGUCACCACCUACCCCCCAGCCUACCACUCCAGUCAACGGGCAGGCCAGUGGCAGUCCAACAGAAGAUGAGCUGGAGUACCAUGCUGGGGUACUUGUUCAAAAUGCCAUCCAAAAUGCCCUAGCAGCAGAAAACAGAGGAGACUGGCAGUCAGCUGACUUGAAUUCUUCACAGCUGAGCACCCCUGCAUCUCCAUGCUCUGCCUCUACAAGCAGCCCAGUGCCAGUGUCUUCCUCCCCUGUGUCUUCUGGUGGAGCCCCCAGUUUCCAGUCACCUGUGUCCUCCAGUCCUGCACCAUCCAAUCCAUCCCCACAGCCAGACAGGCAGCCAAUGGUGACAGUUGUUUCCCAAGAGAAUCCAUCAGAAUCACAAGAGGCUCAGAAGCAGCAACAGCAGCAGUCCUCCAGUCCAGCACAACCACAGCUCCAGGCACCUUCUCCACCACCUCAGCCUGUCUCGCCACCGCAGAAACCCAGAGAUGGGGGCCCCAGAAUCAAAAUCCAGUCCUCCUACACCAGAGCGCUCGCUUCCUCAGCCACAGCUCCAGCUCCUGCUCCUGCCUCAACAGCUCCUGUCCCCAGGCCAACCCCAGUCUACCGUCCCCCGUCUCCUCCAAGCCCAGAGAAGCCAGAGUUCAGCUACUUCAGUAAAUACUCAGAGGCAGCUGAACUGCGCAGCACAGCAGCAGCAGCACGGGGCCCUGAGGUGGAGGCGGCUAGCGGGCCGUUCCGCCUGCGCUCCAAGAAGCAGCGAACUCUGUCCAUGAUUGAGGAGGAGAUCCGAGCAGCUCACAUGACCCCAGUGGUGUGAACCAAUGGGGCUUGCUAAUGAAGAGCUUAAAGUUAUGCUUUUUGGACCUGAAAAUUGAAGGUAUAUUAGUAUGUUAAGCAGUUGAGCAUGUGGGAGAUAUUUGAAGGUGAUCAGUGAUGGAAGAGAAACCUUGAAGGGGUUUUAUGGUGGUUUUAGAGCGACGGUUAGUGUUUUUAAUAGCUGGUAGAUGCUACAUGACUGAAAUAUUCAUAGGAUUUUUCACCUUUAUGCUAUUAUUCAAAUAAGAUCUAAAGCUUUUAUUUUGACAGAUUGCCUAAGACUCUUUGAUGGUGGUUUCACCUGUGCGUGCAUCAUAAUAACCACAGUCAUCUUCUGAAAGUGUGGAAAGCUUCUAACCAAGAGGACGAUACUAAAGACAAGCAGGUGCAGCAAUUCAAACAAAAGAGCCAAACACCCUCUUAUUUCUGUAAAUUCAGAAUGAUUUUUACCUGGAAUUACUGCUGGAAAGCUGCAUUAUUUUCCAGGAAAUGAACCAAAAGGUUGCCCUAAAGCAUCACCUUCAGAACCCAUAACAGCACAGUACGCACACAAUGCAGAUGUGACACAAGUUUCUUUCUUUACAAGCGUCUUUACUGACUUUUAAGUGUCGACUUGAGGGUCAGCAUCCUUUGUUUGUUAAAUGCUAGUGAGGACAUUUGCAAAACUAGCAAAACUAAACUUGCCUUAGACCGUCAGUGCUUGUUGGUGCACCGUAUGUAUUUUAUCCUCUCCUAUCCUGUAAUACUACACCGUCAGUAGAGGGAAUAAGCAACCACUUAGGUAGGAAGUUUGUCUAUAAUCACUUUUUUCAGUGCAAACAGAAGUAAAUUUGGGGAAGGGAAAGUUUGCAGCAUUGGAGUCAAUGUGUGUAUUACUUAAAGGGCUGGGUGAGGGGUUUUAUAUUCUAAAAAAAAAAAAAAAAUCACUUAGUUUACCUUUGUUGGCUGCAUCGCUUUGUUGACCUGUGCUUUCUGAUGUAAGCAGUUGUUUCAUGUAUUAUACUGAGGUAGGACUGUGUAUUUGACCUAUGAACAUCUGUAUCUACUUGCUAGUCGAGGAUAAAGUUUGAUGAAAAAUAGUGAAAAAGCUUUUUUAUAAAAAUUUGUUUUACCAAAACAGAAUGUUGUUAUUUAGAGGAAAAAUCCGCCAGCCUGAGCUCUUUGCGUCUUUUUAAGACGUACUGAGCGUGUGAAUGGAUUCGCACUCCUUUCCUAAACUAAAAAAAAAAGCACAGCGAAAAGAAGGCAAUAAACUAUCAGCAGAAAGGCCUUUUCGAGAAGCUGAACAGACCUGUGCUGUAAGUUGGGCUUGUGAGGUCUUUUUUGCUUUUUUUACUAAAUGUAUUAUGACUUUGAAUUUUGCAGGAAGACGUGAUUUUCUGUUUUUGAAGCGUUGAAGUGUUGGAAUCGUACAAAGCGAUGACAGUUUGGCCCGUCAAGUGUAGACGAAACAGGAUUUAGCUUCAAAAUUUAAACAGUAAAUACACUUAAACACAACCGCACUCCUCCCUGGGGUAUAAACGACUGUCUUUAUUUUAAAAUGAUAAAAGUAGAAAUGUGUCAAACUGGCCGUAGAAACUAUUUCUGACCAACUAUUGAUUGUACUUCUUUGUCAUAGCCUGUGAGAUUUGUUUCUGCAUCCGGAUAUGAGGAGCAUGAGGAGAAAAAGUGUUUUUGUAAACCAAAAGUCACAGUUUUGACCUGUCCAAGUGUCCUUCAGCAAGGCAGCGACUUCUCUCUUUUGCUUUCAAACAUACUGAAUGUACACUGAGGUAAAACACAAAUGUAAUUGCUGGAUGCCUACUAACUCUUCACAGUAAUGAACUUAUCAAGUCACUCUUUGCAGCUUAUUUCACCGGGCUGUCUUGUGAUAUGCUUUAUGAAGAAAACGCAGCACGAGGAAUGCCAUAAACCAAAAGUGAAAACCGAGGACUCGUGCCUCUGCAGUGUCCAGUUCCACUAACCCCAAAACAAACAGCAAAAAAAAAAAAACCCACACAUAUGUUCCACAGAAUCAUCCUGGUUCUUCUUUUAAUGCCAUUUAAGUCCUUUUUAGGAAACUGAGGUGUUUUUGUGGUGGAGCAGAGAGUGUGUCGACACACGCUGCAGAGGUGCAGUGCCUCUGAUGCUGAUAUGAGAUUAUUUUUUGACUCAAAAGGUUAAAAGACAACAGGACAGAAAAGGUUUUCAUCCAGGCACGAACUAGUCGGAGUUCUCAUUAGACAUGCUUCUGAAACAUACAUGCAGAGGAGUCAUUGAAUUGUGUGAUUUAUUAUUAUUAUUAUUAUGCUUUUGAUGUUUGAAUUUAUGGUGCAGAAAUGAUUUUAUUUAUCAUUUUAAAUGCUGGUAGCUUAUUUUCACCCUGCAGAAGCACCAGAGCUUCUCCAGUGUGGGACUCACACCGUCUGUGUGUGUGUGUGUGUGAUAAAGCAAUCUUAUUAUACAAUAUAAACGCAGUAUAGCCCCCGUUCUUAUGUUAACCACUUGUAUGCUCAUACUCUGCUUUGUUAUUUUAUAGCACAUGUAAGACUCACAGUUACAUACCUACUAUACAUAUUAUGAAUAUUUUCUCAUUAAAAACAAA